AUAUGAUGUCAAAAGUCACUGUAAUUAAAGUGUUUGGGUGCAGCUUUGUGUUGAACUGCCUCACCCAUCAUCAUCAUCACUAGUGUGAGAUCAUCAAGACAAACACGAUAUCCCUUCAUUUCCCUUAUCACGGAGGAAUGCUACACAUUAAAACGGUUCAGGGAGUCUUAUCUGGUCCAGGAGGGUUGUCAUUUGUUCCAGGCCCUGCAGAAAUAGCACAUUUGCGUGCAUAAAGCAGGGAAAAUGAGUACGGGGAAGCCGAGUGGUCUCAAACCACCCACCAAGAUUGCUAAACCAGCUACAACGCCAACCAAAACCUCGCCCACCUCAGCUGGCGCCAAGGCUGUAACAUCUCCAACCUCUAAUACGGCCCAAGAUGCUGCGUCAGAUUUUACUGUCGGCGAACGAGUUUGGGUCAACGGAAAUAAACCAGGUUAUGUGCAGUUCAUCGGAGGAACCCAGUUUGCACCUGGCCAAUGGGCGGGAAUAGUUCUAGACGAGCCCAUCGGGAAGAACGACGGCUCUGUGGCCGGAGUGCGCUACUUCCAGUGCGAGGACUUGCGAGGUAUAUUUACCCGGCCCUCCAAACUGUCCCGCACUCCCGUGGCAGAGCGUGAGGCCAAUGGUACACAGACACCUGCCAACAAGACAUCCACCCCCCCCAAAGAUCCAGUUCCUGUCACUCAAACCCCUAGUGCAACCACCAAGACCUCAACAAACCUAACCAGGGCCACCAGCGAGUCUGCAUCCAAUCUGUCUGAGACAGAUUCGGCCAAGAAGUUGCAGCGGGAACUGAAGUUGGGUGAUCGUGUGCUGGUUGGUGGAACCAAGGCAGGCGUUGUGCGCUUUCUGGGUGAAACUGACUUUGCAAAAGGUGAUUGGUGUGGCGUAGAGUUGGACGAGCCUCUUGGCAAGAAUGAUGGGGCAGUGGCUGGUGCAAGGUAUUUCCAAUGCCUACCAAAGUACGGACUAUUCGCUCCUACUCACAAAGUCACCCGCAUUGGGUUCCCAUCCACCACUCCUGCUAAAUCCAAAUCCUCCAGACGCAGGUCAACCCUAAAGAACAGCCCCAGCGCGUCCUCCAUCAGCUCCCUCAGCUCUGUCACCUCCUCCGUUGGAGGCAAACCUAGCCGAGCAGGCCUGCUCACAGAGACGUCGGCACGGUACGCACGGAAGAUCUCCGGCACCACGGCCCUGCAGGAGGCCCUGAAGGAGAAGCAGCAGCACAUCGAGCAGCUCCUGGCCGAGCGGGAUCUGGAGAGGACGGAAGUGGCACGAGCCACAAGUCAUGCCGGAGAGGUGCAGCAAGAGCUGGCACUGCUCAGACAGGGCCAGGAACAGUAUGCUGUUGAGAUGGAAGCCAAGUUGGACCAGUUGCGGAGACUCGUGGAGACUGCAGACAGAGAUAAAGUGGAGCUGAUGAAUCAGCUGGAAGAGGAAAAACGAAAAGUGGAGGACCUGCAGUUCCGUGUAGAGGAAGCUUGCAUUACCAAAGGUGACCUAGAGACGCAGACCAAACUGGAGCAUGCCCACAUUAAGGAGCUCGAACAGAGUCUUCUCUUUGAAAAGACCAAAGCAGAUAAACUCCAGAGGGAGUUAGAGGAUACUAGGGUGGCCACGGUGUCUGAGCGCUCCAGGAUCAUGGAGCUGGAAAAGGAGGUGUCCGACUUGCAUCUCCAGCUGAGAACUCUCCGGGCAGAGACUGCGGGGUCAGCCUCACCUCCAUUACAAGACAAAAAGAUCAAGGAGCUGAACUUUGAAUUGGAGAACAGACAGAAGGAAGUGCUCCUAUUCCAGCAGAAACUUGCCUCCUCCGAACAAGAGAAAACAUCCAUUCAGCAGCAGCUGCAAGAUCUGAAGCAGAAAUUUGACACAGCAGCAGAGGACAAUAAUAAAGCAACACUAGCCGUGCAAGAAAUGGAAAAGAACAUGAAAAUGCAGCAAGAGAAGCUGGAUCAGGUGUCCAGGGAGAAGGAGGACCUGCAGAGGGAUGUGGCCGUCCAGCAGAAGCAGGAACAGACGAAGGGUGAAGAGAGAGAGCUUCAGAUGAAGGAGCUGAAGGAGAAGUUGGGCCAAACAGAAGGAGAGUUGAACAGAAUCACAGAGAGGAGUGCUGAGUUGGAACGGCAGGUGGUGGAACUGAAAGCCUACAAAGACCAAACCCAGAGUUUACAGUCUGAUAAAAAGCUGGAGCAGAUGACAAAGAGGAAUAAGGAGAUGCAGGGGGAGCUUGAGGCCCUGAAGCAGCAGAACUCUCAGUAUCAGGAGCAACUGAGUUCAGAAACGCAGAACAUCCACAGCCUCCGCAAAGAAAUUGAGGAGCUAAAACUGUCAGCCAAUCAGAAGUCUCAGAGGCAGGUGUCGCUCCAGGACGACAAAGGGACGUUGGCUCAGGAGUUGGACGUCCACGCGCAGCAGAAGCUUGGCAAGGAAGCUCUAACUAGCCAGCUGGAGAUUACAGAGAGGGAAAACUCUAAUGCAGUGAUGUCUGAUAAAGACAAAGAGCUGGAGACCCUACGAAAUGAGAUUGCAGUGCUUCGUGUGGAAAAUGCCAUGGCCAAGACGCUCCAGUCGGCUGUGACGUCUCUAGAGAGGGACAAAGCCCAGCUGCAGAGCCGAGUGAACAGCCUGGAGCAAAAGCUGGAGGGCCGGCAGACAGGGAACGGAGAGGAAGUCACUUCAGGUGAUGCUGCUAUAGACCAACUGAGAGAAGAGAAAGAGUUUGCUGAAGGACAGAUUAACUUCCUGAACUCAGUCAUUGUGGACCUCCAGAGGAAGAAUGAAGAACUAAAGGUGAAGCUGAAGAAAAUGGCAUUGACCGAGUUCAACGGAAAUGAUGAAAAUGAUGGUCUUGUUGAGGCAAAAAAGAAGAAGAAAGCCCCACCGCGGGUUUUCUGCGACAUCUGCGACUGCUUCGACCUGCAUGACACGGAGGACUGUCCCACGCAAACGCAGUCCCCAGACUCGCCUCCGCACACCACGUACCACGGCAGCCGCAGCGGCGAACGGCCGUACUGCGACAUCUGCGAGGCGUUCGGUCACUGGACGGACUCUUGCAACGAUGACCAAACCUUUUGAACUUUCCCUCAACCCCCUCGGCCUGUGAGCAGGCUAUGCACAGAUCGCUUUCAACCAGAUUAUACGAUAUUUUUGUACACAGCAUAUAUACAUUCGAACCUCUUGUACAUUCCCAAACAAAUCCGCCCAAAUGAAGGCUAAGGUAUGCUGCAUUGAUGGAAUUUGAAUGUUAUAAGGCGAGAGAUAUUUCUAUGUGUUAUCAAUACUGUUUUGUGUGUUUCAUAAGAUUUUCACUGUCCUGUGUGGGUUGAUCUAAUGACAAAUUACCAGCAAGAAAAUUUACGGUUUAGCGAUACUUUGAAGUGUAUUUAAAGCUGCUGCGUGUAAUUUCUAGUAACACAAAAUGAAAUUGCAAAAAUUAUGACUUAAUAAUGACAAACAGGUUUUUCCAUUGAGCUCCGUCCCAAACUCACACCAUUGGUUGAGUCAGAAGUUGAUAUUUCAGGCCGCUUAAACAAACAGUGUUUUGAAGGCGCCACAAAGCUGUAGCCUGUGUUCGGAUUGGCAUACUAGUACACUGCAUACUGCACACUAUAUACUAAAUACUGCCCACAAUUUUUCUGAUAGUAUGUGAAACGGUACGUAUUAUGCAACAAUAAAAAUUAAGCAAAGAUAGUUUUUCCUCACACACAAAAUCAACUUAAGUUGAGGUCAUUGUAUUAAAUGGAUCUGAUUGUAUAUUGCACAUUUUCACCCAGGUAUUCUAUGCAUACAGAAAUUACACAUACUAUGCACAGUAUACACACUGUGGUAUGGUAGUAUGCUAUUCCGAACAUAGCCACAGUUGUUGCACUUUUCAGUAAUUUGCCCUACAAAUUGUUUACUUACAGUUGUCUCUGCGUAUUAAACCAGGAUAGAUUUUAAUGAAGUUAUUUUAAUGAAACUAAAUUACACACUUCAGCUUAAAGAACUUGUAACAGACUGUUAUCACAGACACAAAACAGUACAACCAGUGCACCAAACAAAGCUGAAGCUAACCACUAUUAAUUUAUUGCACUUCUCACUUUAAAUGUAUACAGCACAUGAGUUUAACUGCCAUUGAUUGGAGCUAAGUUAUUCUUUUUACUGUUAAAUGUCAGACGUAUAGUUAUAAUAUUGUCAUAUGAAUGGCUUUUUAUGUGUAUUUUGAUGGUAUGUCCUGUAGAUGUCAGGCCUAUUCACACUAAGUCCAAAUUUUUGGCACAAAAUAGAGCAUGGAUUCAGGAUUGAUUUAUUUAAAAUGUCAAACAGUUACUUCAGGUAUCCAGACUUUUUUUUUUUUUAUAGAAUGACGAAAUUCUGCAACAAAAUACAGUGCAGAAUAGUUUUAGUGCGAAAAAAAAUGGUUUGCAAACAUUUUAUAAUUCUGUGUAUUUUAGUCACCUCAAACUUGGUGUGAACAGACCUUUACUAAAGCACAAUUUUUAAGCACAAGAUCAUAUUGUAUCGCUCAUUAUUGAUGUAAUAUUAACAACAAAGUUUAUUUAGCAACCUAAUAAACUGCAAGUGUUAGAAUUUGUAACCCGCAAUGAAAUGGUGCACAAGUUUAUAUUAAAUAUGUGUAAUAUUCAUCAUUACUCCCCUUUUGUUUAAGAAAAUUUUGCAUUAACUGCAAAUAUAUGGUCUGUUUCUACUGAAAUAUUGUGACAGUCUUUAACUAUCGUACUGUUUCAUGUACUGUAUAUUCACUUGAACUCAAUACAAACAUUGAACAAUU